CUUGUGGAGCUGGGCCAUGGUAGCGCUGUGCAUCAGCCCAUGGCUGUCUACUCCUACUGCCCAGGCCCAGGUGCUGGCCCUGGCCCUGCUGCUGUAGCUGCACUGCCAGACCAGAGCUUCCUGUGGAACGUCUUCCAGCGGGUUGAUAAAGACAGGAGCGGAGUGAUUUCAGACAAUGAACUUCAGCAAGCAUUAUCCAAUGGUACAUGGACUCCGUUUAAUCCAGUGACUGUGAGGUCAGUCAUUUCUGUUUGACCUAGAAAACAAGGCUGGUGUGAACUUCAAGGAAUUCACAGGUGCGUGGAAGCAUUUCACAGACUGGCA